AUGUCUGACACCCUGCCCUCCCUUCCCUACCUUCUCUCCCUUCCCGCCCUUCUCUCCCUGCCCUCCCUGCCCUCCCUUCCCUACCUUCCCUCCCUUCCCGCCCUUCUCUCCCUGCCCUCACUGCCCUCUCUUCCCUACUUUCUCUCCCUUCCCGCCCUUCUCUCCCUGCCCUCCCUGCCCUCCCUUCCCUACCUUCCCUCCUUUCCCACCCUUCUCUCCCUGCCCUCCCUGCCCUCCCUUCCCUACCUUCCCUCCCUUCCCGCCCUUCUCUCCCUGCCCUCCCUGCCCUCCCUUCCCUACCUUCUCUCCCUUCCUGCCCUUCUCUCCCUAACCUCCCUUCUCUUCAUUCCCCCCCUACUUUCCCUGAGUCCCCUUUUCGAACCUUCCCUCCCUUCCCUCCCUUCCCUCCCUUCUCUCUCUUUUCUCCCUUCCCGCUCUUCUCUCCAUUCCCCCCCUUCUCUCCGUGAGCCCACUUCUCUCCCUUCCCUCCCUUCUCUCCCUUCCCUCUCUUCUCUCCCUUCCCGCCCUUCUCUCCCUUCCCUACCUCCUCUCCCUUCCCGCCCUUCUCUCCCUUCCCUACCUCCUCUCCCUUCCCGCCCUUCUCCUCCCCCCCACCUUAUCUCCAAUUCUCUCCGUUCCCUCCCUUUCUCACCCUUCUCUCCCUUGUCUCCCUUCCUCGCCCUUCACUCCCUUCCCUCCCUUCUCUCCCUGCCCUCCCUUCUCGCCCUUCUCUCCCUCCCCGCCCUUUUCUCCCUACCCUCCCUUCUCUCCCUGCCCUCCCUUUCUCUCCCUUCUCUCCCUUCCCUCCCUUCCCUCCCUUCUCUCCCUUCCCUCCCUUCUCUCCCUUCUCUCCCUUCCCUCCCUUCCCUCCCUUCCCGCUCUUCUCCCCACCUCUUUGAUAUGCCUUCCUGUCCCCCAUCCUUCCUUCCUUACGCACUCCUCCUGCCAUUCUCUCCUCUUGCAAUCCUCACUGCCAUCCCGCCUUUCCGCAUAUCCUGUUACCAUGCCCCUUUCGAUUCUCUUGUCGAUUUCAGCCCACCACGCCUCCCCAUACCACCUACUCCCAUCAUUGCUCCCCUCCCCCUACCACAUACGACAUACUCCCAUCUGACCUCCCCUUCCCCUACCACCUACUCCCUUCUCAUCUCCCCUCCCCCUACCACCUCUCCUGGCCCUAUCAGGCACUCCUUGCUCACCUCCCCUCCCCCUACCAGGGGCACUCUUCUCACCUCCCCUCCCCCUACCAGGGGCACUCUUCUCACCUCCCCUCCCCCUACCAGGGGCACUCUUCUCACCUCCCCUCCCCCUACCAGGGGCACUCUUCUCACCUCCCCUCCCCCUACCAGGGGCACUCUUCUCACCUCCCCUCCCCCUACCAGGGGCACUCUUCUCACCUCCCCUCCCCCUACCAGGGGCACUCUUCUCACCUCCCCUCCCCCUACCAGGGGCACUCUUCUCAUCUCCCCUCCCCUCCCCCUUCUUUCCCCCUCCUCUACCAAGGGCGUUCUGCUCACACCCUGCCCCACACUCCUAUUCUCCCAUGUUUGGUCCCCCAGCAUUCCCUUGCUCGGUUUCUGUGCUUGUGUUUCAGGUGGGGAGCCUUCCCAACUGGACAUCCUACUAUCUGCGCCUCACAGGGCACAUACGAGCCAGCAACCUGGGCAUGGAUAG